GAUCGGUUCCGUCUGUUCCGUUUUGACGAUCGAAAAUUCGCUUAAUCCCUUUCAGCGCGCCAUACGAAAGAAAGACAUCGUUAUUUUGCCGUAUAACGCCUCGGUGAACGCGCGGCUGUUUGCGUAAUAACGGCACGUCGUGAGCGCGCGACGCCGUGCGACGCGUCGCAAAUAACGCUUUAAUGCUCGUCUGUUAGAGAAUUAAUAGUGAUUUGAUGAAGGCUCUGUGGCCGAAGCUGAUCGUCUGGACACCUCACACAUGCUGAUGCGCUGCUGAACGCUGGGCAUCUCGGAUAACCUUGAUGAAGCCGAUAUGGUGAAAUUAGGCAGUAACCUGGUGGACAAGAUGGAGAGACAGCCGUCGGUGGAGGACGGUUUUGACAACAUCCCCCUCAUCACUCCGCUGGAGGUCGGCCAGUUACAGCAGCCUUUCCCUGAUAAGGUGAUUGUGAAAACCACUGCGGAGUAUCAGCUGAAGGAGAAGAAGAGGAAGCUGUAUGUGCCGAGCAUCAAGAAGCUGAACAUAAACCUUUAUGAUGAGAUGUCAGAGAAGCUCAAGCUGACUGGGUUGAUUAUUAUCACCUUGGCGUUUCUGGCGUGUCUGCUGCUGUUGGUCAUGUAUAAAGCGCUGUGGUACGACCAGCUCGGCUGCCCUGAGGGCUUCGUUCUCCAGCACAGACACUGCACCCCGUCGGCUCUGGAGAUGUACUACCCCGAGCAGAACUCCAGGGGCAGCUUGUACACGGCCAUGACCCACCUCAACCAGGCCAAGAAGAACAUCCCAGAGCUGUCCCCUCCCUGGCUGCCGGUCAUGAAGGACGAGAUCAACCACUCUGAGAAAUAAGGGCCGAGAAAGGGUCACCGUAUGUUCACUUUAAAGGGUUGGUGAGGAUGGAAUCCAGAUAAUGUUGACGGUCAAGUCGAUCGGAAAGGCGUUUAUGUGUGUAUUUGGUGUUUAAAAUGGCGAUUCGGUGCGAACAUCUAUUUAGAUUUAACUGUGACACACACAAAUGUCUUUGAAGUGAAGGUUUCUAGGUUUCUACUUCGUCGACCUCCUGCAAUACAUGUGCUUUCGGAAAUCUAUUUACAAUGCUCCAUACCCAUUUAGAAGAAGUCUUCGAAGCUCAUCCGUACGUGUUUUUAAAACGUCACCGGGCCGUUUUCUGCGACGGCCCGUCUCGCUGUGGCAUUGUAGAUUUAGUCGUGCUGCUUGUAAUUCUUGCGAAGUUUGUUAGGCGUUAGUUCUCGCUUCCGGUUUCGUUUGAAGUCAUUUAGCUUAGUGUAACGAAGUGUGCGUUGGCUGUGAAUCGUGUUCUAAUGAACCGCAACGCAACUGAGAAACGAGUGCGUUGGCAAGAAAAAGCAUUCCAAAAACUCUGAUCAUUUUCCCUCGAAGCGACUCAAACUACUGAUCGUUGUCUUAAAGCGACGCGUCUUUGAUUUAAAAGAGAAACGCCAUUAUUACGCUCUUUUGGUACAUUUAGUAAAUGAGAAAAUCUGACUUUUGAUGGUAAGGACGAAAUGAUUGGUGCAUUUUAUACACGUCCGCAUGCUUACAAAACCGUACCAUAUUCUAGAGUUUAAAUUGAAGAUGUGAAAACCAAGUCAUCUGAGUGUAACCUGGAGUGACGUUAAACUGUUUUUAGGUAUUAGAACGCUCAUUUUUGUGUUUGUUUGUUUGUGCGCUGAAACUUUUACACACGAAGCACCAGCAGCCAUUUAAAUGUUUAUUAAUGUUGUAGAUUCUUUAAAAAGUUGAAGAAUGUGAAAACGCCUCGCUAAGGGGAGUGACCUUUGAAUUGUUUUUGUGUAAAUUUAUCACUUUACAGCAAAUCAGUUCCAGCUGAAUGUAUAAACUUUCAAAAAAAAAAAGCAGAUGUUUCCCCUUUCUGUUGCUGUUUCUUUUUUUUUUUGUUCUUUAUAUUUAUCUGUUGUGAUCCAGUUUUUUGUUUUUUUUUUCCAGUUGCUAAAUGUACAUUUCUGAUGUGUAUUUAUUUAUGUAUUUCUCUUAUUUAUUUGACUGGUGCUGGACGGAUGAAUUGAAUUUGUCGUAAGGUGCAGCAGGUGAAAUCAUAAAGCCUGCAGUAUUAGUCAUUUCUGUAUGUUAUGAACAUUCAUUCAUCUUCAAUGGAUAAUAACACAAUAAAGGUUUCAGUAUUCACCGG